AUGGAAGCGCUGCCCAUCUACCAUGGGGGCAUCAGCCGUGAAGCCGGAGAGAAGCUGCUGCUGGCGGCGGGCAGGGACGGCAGCUACCUCCUGCGGGACAGCGAGAGCAUCCCGGGCGUCUACUGCCUCUGCGUGCUGCAUCAGGGUUACAUUUAUACCUACCGCGUGUCCAAGACAGAAUCUGGGUCCUGGAGUGCUGAGACAGCGCCCGGGGUCCACCGGAGACUCUUUCGGAAAGUGCACAACCUUAUUUCAGCCUUCCAGAAACCCAACCAAGGCAUCGUAACACCCCUGCAGCACCCAGUUGUCAACCACGCGAAAGCCAAAUACCCAACAGGGAGAGCUGAAGACCAUGACUUCCACCUGCAGCCGUCAUGAAGCUGUUUCUCCAAGAAUGCCAUAACCAGAUCUGCCAGUGUCUCCUCUAGUCCAUGCUCUAGA